UGUAUUUUAUACCAAAGGGCUUGGCAGCCAAUCAAAACUGAUUGAUUGUUAUGGAGUUAGAAACAGUCGAAUUGGUAGCUUGGGGAGAGACACCGCCCACCCACUACUUGGGCAAGAAAACGACGGAAUCCGUGGGGUCCUUUAAACCCGCUUGGAGGCUUUGUCUGCUGGGGAAAUUCACAAGCAAAGGAGCAGCUCCACUAAACUCCGGACUAAUAGGAAUCCAUUUAAACCCCAUAAUGGCCCUGACCAGGAACGAAACGGCUCUGCACUCUGACUACCUUCUGGCUGCUCACUACCUUCUCGAGGGAGACCCCUUUGCCUCAAAGUUAUCGAAGGAAGCCGACAUGGUUACUGCUUUCUACGCCUGCAUUGUUGGUAAGGGUAUUCUGUCCGUCAUUGGCAAUGGCUACGUCUUGUACGUGGCCCUCAAGCGGAAGGCAAAGCUGAGGCCUCCUGAACUCAUGACCAUGAACCUCGCCAUCUUCGAUUUCGGCAUCUCAGGAACCUGGCUGCAGCGGCAACAUGCCUUCCUGGCACUGAUAUUCAUCUGGGUAUAUGCCACCUUCUGGGCCACCAUGCCACUGCUGGGCUGGGGGCGCCACGCCCCAGAGCCGUUUGGCACCUCCUGCACCCUGGACUGGUGGCUGGCCCGUUUCGUCAUGAGCAUCCUCUUCUUUUGCCUCAUCCUCCCCAUCAGCAUUAUCGUCUUUUCCUAUGUCAAGGUCAUCCGCAAAGUCAAAUCGUCGGCCCAGGAGGUGUCCCGAUUUGACGGCAGGAACAAAAACAGGCACACCAUGGAGAUGAAACUCACUAAAGUGGCAGUGUUGAUUUGCUCAGGAUUCUUAAUAGCAUGGAUUCCCUACGCCGUGGUGUCUGUGUGGUCUGCAUUUGGGGAGCCCAACUCUGUUCCCAUCACAGUCUCUGUGGUGCCAACCCUACUGGCCAAGUCAUCCGCUAUGUACAACCCCAUCAUGUACCAGGUCAUCAACUGCAAGAAGCCCUCCUGCUUCAAAGGAAUAAGGAGAAGGACACACUACAGCACAUCAAGGCAAGAACCUGAAGUAUCCGGAGUUUGGGGAAACCGUAGAUGAAUGACUGAAGCAGACAGGAAAGGACACAGGAGGAAGAAGAAGGAAAAAAACACUGCAGAUAAGUUACGUAACACUGAAU